GAGGCAUCUGCUAUAGUGGAAGCAAUGUGUUCAGAAGACCAGGAUCAGGAUUAUCUUCGUGAACAAACGAAGCAAUGUGUUCAGCGUGUUCGAAGAAUAUUUGAGAAAGCUUUUAACUAUUUUAGAACUUCCGCAUCUGAGUUGAAGGAAGAACGGUGUCUCUUGCUUGAAGAAAUGUUGAAUGUGGAGGCUGGCUUUGGAGAUCUUGGUGAUGUUAGCUUAGUCCAGUCUAAGCUUCCAAAGAAACUUAAGAAGCGGAGGCCAAUAGUAACCGAAGAAGGCCCUGCUGGAUAUGAGGAAUACAUUGAUUACAGCUUCCCAGAAGAAGCACAUACCCAAAACCUCAAGAUAUUGGAAACUGCCUACAUGUGGAAGAAGCGAAAGCAGCUAAAACGGAAGAGUGAUGCGGCAGAUUACGAAGCUGAGUCUAGUGAUAGGUCAGCUGCUCCUGGUCCUGGAUAUACUGAAGUAGUUACCAGCCCCCUGCAGACUCCCGUGUCAAGCAAGGUGGGAAAGGCAAACAAAACAUCGAGGCUGACAAAGUGCAGCAGAUCUGGACCGCAGACUCCGGCUUGUAAUGUGGGUUCUCCUUCUGGGGCUAAUCUUACUCCGGCAGGACCUUGUCGUUUUGACAGCUCCCUAGGUCUCUUAACAAAAAAGUUUAACAAUCUGAUCAAACAUGCGGAAGAUGGUAUUCUGGAUCUCAAUAAUGCUGCCGAUACUUUAGAGGGGACUUGAUGCCUCGAGGACGGGACGUGGACGAAAAUUAUCCUAGUUUACAUGUACGGAAAUAAGUGAACUUGUUUCUUGGCAUGCUCAUGCUUGGAUAGCUUAGUCUUGGCUCAGUGUUUGAGACUGUACGUUUGUUUGCUUAAAAGUAAAGAGAAUACUACACCAGCAGAUCCCAUCCGAUCUGUCAGUCCCAUGAAAUCAGCUGAUCCCAUUACAUCAGCCUUAGAAGCCUCCUAACCACAAGCACGGCAUUCAUCACCGAGAAUGAUUAAUUGUCAAUUCCUCUGUAAUAUAUGUAAUUGAUUCGACUUACCUUAUAUCGCCAAGUUUCUGUAAAUAGACUUGAGAAAGUCUAACCCAUGUACCAAUAUUUAUACUGCAGAUAA